GCAAAUUCGACGGUCAAGCUUGUUAGUCCCACCUUUUUGUGUUUCCCGCACCGUCAAUCAAAAUAGAAAAAAUUCGACCUGAAUUCACCGAUCAACACUAGCCCGCCUUUGAUAAAAUAAUCAUGUUUGGAGUUUAAGAGGUCCGAUAAUCCGGAUGUCACCGCCGUGUACACUAUGACGUCUACGUAAACAUUUGGCGCACGAAGCGGGCCUGUGAGCGGUGAGUUUGUGCGGCUACAGCGGAGAGCGCAGUCUUUUAUCUGCCUGUGUCCUGCUAACUGCUAGAUAUGGUUAGCUAGCAGAGCUAGUAGGCUAGCCCGAGAGUUGACAAAGUAAACAGUCUGUGGCCGAAGCCCACAGAGUGUGCCGCGGAGCUGCAUUGGGACUCGGCUCCUCUCGGUCUGCGCAGUGGGGAUGCUUUGCGGGCUUUUGUGGAAGGCCGGAGACGACGCUUCUAGAGUUGUGCUGAGUUUGCCCCUCUCUCCCUGCUAGCGCCACCGCAGCUCUGAAACAAGGAGAAAUGGCGUCCGCGGACGUGGACAGCAGUCAGAGCGAGUUUCUACAGGCCGCGGGCGCACAGGACACACAGACCACAGACAUGUCAGCGCUGCAGCUGACGAGCACAGACAGGUGGGAGGUGCUGACUCCUGUGUCCUCUGGGAAAGAAGACCAGGGAGUCGUCCACAUUCCAAACUCGGGGAUUGUCACGUCCAACGGCCAGUAUGUGCUUCCCAUCGGGAGUCUUCCCAACCAACCCAUCUAUGUCACCGCGUCUGGGACUGAGGCCACAGCCAAUGGGGUUUCAGGAAUCCAGUAUCAGGUCAUCCCACAGAUCCAAAAUGCAGAUGGAACACUUACAACGUUCCAGACCCAAGGACUGUCUGAUGGCACAGGGCAGAUCCAGCUUCUUCAGGAUGGCAGCCAGGGCACUAUCGGAAUCAGCGGAGCCACCACCACCACCACAGACCUGCUGACCCAGGCGGGACAGUCCAUCCAGGGAGUCACUGCCUAUAGUGGCUCUGUGGGACUGCCCGGAAACAUCACCUUUGUCCCCAUCAACAGUGUAGAUCUGGAGUCUCUGGGCAUCACCGGGGCCCAGACGGUCCCCAUAGCAACAGGGGUGACCCCUGAGGGCCAACUCAUCAUGAGCGGACAGACACUCGACACUGGGGCCCAGGACAAACAGAGCAGUGAGAACAACACUGACCCCUCCCUCUAUGUGCCAACCUCCACCACCACCUCCCUCCCAGAGACCAUCGAUGGCACUGGUGUCCUCACCCAGGCCACGGCUGUGUCCGCAGGCGUGUCGGACCCUUCCUCCACAGACAACUUCAACUCCCAUAACCACCUGCAGCAGAUCCAGGUGUCGUCUUCCAGUGCCAGUACACUGUCCCAGCCCAUCCUGCAGCUGUCAGGGGACUCUGCGUCUCAGGGACAGGAGCUGGCUGAUGCAGGACAGGGCCUCCAGGGGGUGCAGCUGGUCAACCCCGGCACCUUCUUGAUCCAGGCCCAAACUGUCACUGCCACGGGCCAGAUCCAGUGGCAGACCUUCCAGGUUCAGGGUGUCCAGUCUCUGCAGGGCCUUCAGUUGCCCCAAGGACAGGGUCAGCAGCUGACUCUAGCCCCAGUUCAGACUCUGCCUCUGGGACAGACAGGCCAGGUCAGCCUGCCCAACCUCCAGACGGUCACAGUCAACUCUGCAGCUCAGGCAGGGGUCCAGUACAGCCAGGAGGGGGACGAGAGCAGCCCUGCUGGCAUCCAUAUCAAAGAGGAGCCCGACUCAGACGACUGGCAGCUGAGUGGAGACUCCACUCUGAACGCUAGUGACCUGAGCAACCUUCGUGUGCCCAUAGGUGACGAGGACCUGGACCUGCCUGGAGAGGGCAAGAGGCUUCGGAGGGUGGCCUGCACCUGCCCCAACUGUAAAGAUUCCGGAGGGAGGGGGUCAGGCGUGGGCAAGAAGAAGCAGCACAUCUGCCAUAUUGCCGGCUGUGGGAAGGUCUACGGAAAGACAUCUCACCUGAGAGCCCACCUGCGCUGGCACAGUGGGGAGCGGCCCUUUGUCUGCAACUGGAUGUUCUGUGGGAAGAGGUUCACUCGGAGCGAUGAGCUGCAGAGACACCGGAGGACCCACACAGGGGAGAAGAAGUUUGUGUGCCCAGAGUGCUCUAAGCGGUUCAUGCGCAGCGACCACCUGGCCAAGCACAUAAAGACUCACCAGAACAAGAAGGGUGCGGUGGCCUCGUCAUCGCCACCCUCAGACACACUGAUCGCUGCAGACGGAACCACCCUCAUCCUGCAGGCCCACGACCUGGUGGGUGGCCAGGACAUCCCCCUGCAGUUGGUUACUGUGGCGCCAGGAGAGGUCAUGGAGUGAUUCUGUAAGGACUUUUUACAGGGACCCUUUUCUCCUUCUUCUUGUAACUUUUUUUUUUACAUAUGAAUAUAUACGUAAAUAUAUAUGACAAAUAUAUAUAUUUUAAGUAAGAGGUAUCAUGAAUUUGUUUUUUUGCAGUCUUUUUAUAGGCAGGCAAAAAAUUGUACCACGUUGUUGCUAUGUACACAUGUGAACAGUCUCUUGCAUUAACACCAAGACUAAUCCUCAACACAAUGAAAUGCCUUAUUUUGUAUCAUACUGUGUGUAAAUGCUGGAGGCGCAUGUUUUUUAAGCUUUGCAGGACAUGUAACACAGAUGACCGAGUUGUUUUUGGCAGAGAAGUGGACCUCGCUAAAACAAUUCAAUCGACAAAGCUCACAGCGUCAGUCACUGUUUUUCCACUUCUGGAAAAUGAUGCAACUUUCCCAGCCGCUGUGCUUCUCCCUGUCACUUUUAGUUUUAUUAUUCAAUUGUAUCUUUUUAAAUUGUUUCAUUUCAAUUACUUUUUUGAGUGUCGUCAAAUCAAGGCCAUGUAACUGAAGGAUUACUGCCACUGUUGCCAUGUGGAUACGAGAAAUCAAAUGCUAUUUUUGUCAAACAUUCCAGUUGGACACCAGAUGGAAUCGGGUGGUAAUUCUGGACUCUCAGCGAAAAGGAAACAAUCAUGCCAUUGUCUGUUUUAUGUUAAAGUCAUGUAUCCCCCUCCUGUCUGUAGCAUUUAUUUUCAUGUAUAUUCUCUUUUCACCAUGUUUAUAGAAGCCAUUACCUAGUUACCUAAUUUUUGUUUGUAUCAACAUUAAAUGUUUUUUUUUUUUUUUAAGAAUUGCUGUAAAAAUUGAAUGUUACCUUUUGUAAAACCCUUUUUCAAAUGGCUCACAAUAAAAGUCUGAAACAAAGCUGUCACUUUA